AUGUCACGCCGGAAGCAGAAGCGACCCCAGCAUCUUGUUAACUCGGAUCCGGGUGGCCCAAGGCUGCUAUCUCACGAUGACCACCUGGGAAUGAAGUCACCGUCCACAUCUCUGGGUUCUGAAGUGACAUCAUCGGGGUCCGCCUCCUCAUCCCCCACCUCUCUCCAAGACUGCCAGCCGCCUCUGGCCCCUCGCCCAUCCCCUGGUGGGCUCCACGCGCCCUCCUUACCCAGCGAGAGCUCGCCUCCUCCCCACUGGCCCAGCCACGUUGCCCCCUUCACCACGUCCCUCCCCAACACCCACUCUUCCCUCUCCCCAGACUUUCCUCACCCCUCGCUGUCUUCCCAGACUCACUCGCCACCUCCCCUGGGUCAAACCUCAGGUUCCCACAGCCUGUCCCACCAAGGAAACUCUCACUCCACCAUGACCUCUCCACCGAUGGGCAGUUCGGCCACCACCACUACCUCCUCCUCCUCUUCCUCUUCAAUGUCCUCUCAAUGUGUGCCGCCUCACCGGGACAGCUCCAGCCCAGGUCGGCAGCAGUCCUCCAGCUCUCCGGGGCAGCAGGGGCAGCUCCAGGUGCCUCCAACCCUCGCGGUGCUACUAGAGGAGCUGAGGGUUUUACAGCAGAGGCAAAUCCACCAGAUGCAGAUCACAGAGGAGAUCUGCAGGCAUGUGCUGAGGCUUGGAGGGGCUGUUUUUGGCCAAGAUAAUGAUGCACAGGCCAGUGGUGCAGAGAGCAACCAGAAAUCUACAGGAGCAGCAUCUUCAUCGCCAACACACCCUUCCACUGCCACUCCAGUGACCUCAGCUUCAUCGCUUUUGACAGGCCUUCCAUCUUCCCUCUUUCCCCAGCCAGCCGUCUCCAAAUCAGGCUCUUCACACGUUAAUGGCAGCAGAGCUUCAUCCUCCUCUACCUCUUCCUCAUUAUCUUCCUCUUCUUCCUCUCUUUCAUCAACCAUCAGCUCCUCUGUUGCCUCCCUGCACCCACUGUCUUUGUCAUUGGGCCUACCUCCACGCUACCUCCAUGAGAAAUCGUCUAACACCUCCUCAUUCGGCCACAGCAACGGUGUCAGCUUCGCUACGCCACCCCUCCCUACCAUCAGCCACUCCCAGGACCUCCAGCCCAACUCCUCUCUCGCCUCAGCCUCCUCAGCAGGACGCCCUCAGCAUGUUUGCCGUUUUUGUGGUAAAGUGUUGAGCAGUGAUUCAUCGCUCCAGAUCCACCUGAGGUCACAUACAGGUGAAAGGCCCUACCAGUGUCCAGUCUGCUUGAGCCGUUUUACAACCAGAGGGAACCUCAAAGCUCAUUUCCUGCGACACAGAGAGCAGAACCCAGAGCUGUCCCUCUCCCUGCUGCCCCCAGCACUGUCCGAGCAAACGCAGAGUGGCUCUGCACCUGGCGCCAUCCAGAGAAGGCGAAAGCGGAGGGCUGACGAUGACGAGCCGUUUAAUGGAGUGAAAGGAAGCAUUCCUGGAAUGACAGAGAACAUGGCUUUAGGAUUCCUGUCUGGUGCGUCCGCUCGGCCCUCACCUUCCUCUCUACCUCUGCCCCCCUCGGUGGACAUGGCGCUGCUGUCCACAGCCCAUUCACUGCUACAGCUAAACAGAGCCUCAGCUGCAGCCGCUGCCAGUGCAUCAAGCACUGUACUGCCGUCUUCUUCAUCAUCCUCAUCUUCCUCCUCCUCCAUGGGAAGCCAGUUUAAAGGAGCAAAGCAGCAGCGUUUUGAUGAAAACACACCUCCACACUCUACCCUCCAUACAACCUCCCCAUACUCCCAAUUGGCCCACCUCCCCAAGAUUCUCUUCCCUGGAGGUACUUCCCCUCAUCACCUUGCACUUCUCCGGCCCCCGGGUCACCCAUCCACCUCCCACCUCACUUCCCCUCAUCAACUACCCUUCCCCUUUCCACCUUUCCCUAAACCAUCAACCUCAUCUCCCUCCUCAUCCUCUCCCACCACCUCUACCCAGACCUCAGACACCUCCAAGUUGCAACGGCUGGUCCAGAAGCUUGAAAAGCAACCACAGGGAGCCUCUUCCUCUGCCUCCUCUUCCUCCACCUCCGCACAAACACAUGCUGAAGCCAAUGGGGACACACACGGCCAUGACCUGACCACCACCUCCAGUGCCUAUCGCAGGGAAAUGUUGGCUGCACUAGGCCUGAGCCCAAGUGCCAAUGCUAUAGGACUUGUGACCGGCCAGGGAGUCUCAGGUUCGGGAACUACAACCACCACGACUGCUCCCUCCCUGCCCACAGCCCAGGCUGCUAACCAGUGUGGUGUCUGCCUGCGUGUCCUCAGCUGCCCUAGAGCUCUGCGUUUGCACCAGGCCACACAUCUGGGAGAGCGUCCUUUCCCUUGUAAGCUGUGUGGCCGCUCUUUCUCCACAAAAGGUAGCCUUAGGGCUCACCUGGCCACUCACCGUGCAAGACCGCCAAAUGCCCGUGCCUUGAACUCCUGCCCACUGUGCCCACGCAAGUUCACCAAUGCUUUGGUUCUUCAGCACCACAUUCGCUUGCACCUAGGAGGGCAAAUACCACCUGAUGAAGACAUGCCACCUGAGGAUGGCACAGAAACAGAAAGUGCCGUCUUCGAUGAUGGCGAGAAUGACUCCGUCAGCUCGCCAUCUAAAGGCCAACAACAACUUCUUCCCUUGGCCUUAACAACAGGCUCCAAGUCUCCAAAUGAUGUGCUCAACUCAGGGUCCACGUCUAAGCAAUCUACAGCUUCUGAUGCUACUUCUGUGAAGACCGAGGAAUCCGAGGGCUCAACACCCAGUGUUAGCCCACCCCUGACCCGUAAUCCCCCCUCAGCAGGAGCCGGGGACCCCCUGCGUCCCGGAGACAACGCCCUAGCUGAUGGUAGCCCCAUGAACAGCUCCAUGUACUCCGAGGAGGAGACUCAAGCUGACCCGGGCAGCACUAGCCCUUUCAAAGCACCCUUAGCUAGUUCUCAUUCAGCUGUAGUGAAUGGAGAUGCAGAGGCAGAUGACACCCCUCUUUCCCUCUGUGUUUCAAAGCCUGGGGUAGAAAAUGAUACGCUGCAAAGAGGGGUUAAUAAUGGUGAAGCCUGCUCCACAGAUGAGCUCACGACUAGCCCUGAUUCCAACCCAAAACCCCCAGCGGAAAAUCCCUUACCUGCACUCACCCCUCCUGCCAGCCCCAAAGCUAUCCCAGAAGCAGAGGAGGCCUGUGGCAGUGUAUCACAGGGGCCACAGGAGAGAGAUUCUGCCCAAAGCAGUGGGAAGGGUGAGACUACCACAUCCAGAGAGCCUUUGCCAGCGUUGGAUCCAGAGCUGAAUAAAGACACUCCGAUGGAGGAGGGUUAUGUUGUUCCAGAAAAACCUUCAGAGAACCCAGAGCCCCCUGUCCCAGCACCAGCACCACAGAGCCAGCUUCCCCGCCCAGACAAGCCCUACAGCUGCUCCCACUGUGGAAAGGCAUACGCUAGCCGUAGUGGACUUAAGGGACAUAUGAAAACUCACCCUGGAGCAUUGACCAGUACCCCCUCCAAGGCUCAAACCAAUGACAAUGACAUUGCAGAGGAUCACAGUUCACAUUCAGCCAAUAAGACCCCGACACAGCAGGAUGAAAAGCAGGGAUUGGCUAAAUCCCCUGAGAAAGGUGACAGCACAGAUCCUCCACCGGUCAGUGUCGGUUCUGAGGUGGUGGGUGAGCCUAUGGACACUACUGUGUAG